GCUGCUCCAGAACAAAACGCCAAAAUGGGCAACAGCUUCUCCAACAUCUCUGCCUUCCAGUCUCUUCACAUCGUCAUGCUGGGUUUGGAUUCUGCUGGGAAAACUACUGUUCUUUACAGACUGAAAUUCAAUGAAUUUGUCAACACUGUACCUACAAUCGGAUUCAACACAGAGAAGAUCAAGCUGAGUAACGGAACCGCCAAGGGCAUCAGCUGUCAUUUCUGGGACGUUGGAGGCCAAGAGAAGCUGAGGCCACUGUGGAAGUCCUACAGCCGGUGCACUGAUGGGAUCAUAUACGUUGUUGACUCUGUGGAUGUUGACAGGCUGGAGGAAGCCAAAACCGAACUGCAUAAAGUCACCAAGUUCGCAGAGAAUCAAGGCACACCGCUGCUGGUCAUCGCUAACAAGCAGGACCUGCCCAAAUCUCUGCCUGUAGCGGAUAUAGAGAAGCAGCUGGCCCUGCACGAGCUCACUCCCUCAACCACUUAUCACAUCCAACCCGCGUGCGCUAUAAUAGGCGAGGGGCUACACGAGGGGAUGGACAAACUGUAUGAGAUGAUAUUGAAAAGGAGGAAAUCCUUGAAGCAGAAGAAGAAGCGGUAACAGCUGCUGGAUCAGUGGACAAUGUUAAUGUUUCAGUCAGAUUUACUGUAAGAAAUCCGGGUUGUGCCAGUGUUGCCCCCCUCCCUUAAAAAACACACGUUUACUUUGCAGUGAUUUUUCAAAAUAAAAUAUCCUAUCGUUUGGAUUAAAGCUGUGAAGCCCUGCUGAGUGAUGCUUUUGCACACAGGAGGCUGCCUCAUUGGCUGCAAAGGAUAUAAAAACACAAGAUGAGUUGAACCAAAUAGUCAAAAAAAUAAUAAUUAAGAAACUUGAAUUGACUCUUUGAGAUCUACAGCACUGGGG